AUGGGGUUCGGAAACAUCUUUCGCCGUAAGACGACUGAGGAUAGCCUCACUCAGGUUGAUGUGAACAUGACCGAGGAGAGCAAGAGGGAUGUUCCUGCUGAUGGUGUCGCCGCCGAGAACAAUGGUGCCGUCGACGCGGACCAGCCGGCCCAGACUCCGGAGGAGGAGCUUCACCGUGGUGUUCACGAUAUUGAAGCCAUGACCCAAACCUGGUCAAAGGGAGCCUUGAUUGCGGUCUUUUUGAAUAUCUGGCUGCUAUACUUCACAAAUGCGUUCCAAAGCUCGAUCCUCUACAGCUUGAUCCCCUAUAUUAGCAGUCAAUGGGACUCCCACUCACUGCUCAACACAAUCUACAUUGUCGGCGAUGCGAUUACUGCCGCCUGUUAUGUUCCCCUGGGACGUAUGAUGGACCUUUGGGGUCGUGCGGAGGGCUUCUUGUUCAUGACCAUCUGUGCCACAGUGGGAUUGAUCAUGAUGGCCGCCUGCAACAACCUUGCUACUUUCUGUGCCGCCUAUGUCUUCUACUUGCUCGGAUUCGGUGGUAUGACUUACUGUGUUGACGUUAUCACUGCCGAUGCGUCCAUGCUGAAGAGUCGAGGUCUGGCUUAUGCCUUUACCUCCUCUCCCUACAUUAUCACGGCCUUCGCCGGCCCCAAGGCAGCCGACGAUGCUCUGAGCGAUAACGGUAUUGGCUUGCGCUGGCCAUUCGGAAUCUUCUCCAUCAUCUUCCCGAUCGUCGCAACUCCCCUAUACUGCAUCUUGAAGUACAACCUCCGCAAGGCUGUGAAGGAAGGUCACGUUGUCAAGGCAAGCAGUGGAAGGACGAUUCUUCAGAGCAUCUGGUUCUAUAUCAUUGAGUUUGAUGCUAUGGGUGUUUUGCUCUUCUCCGCCGGUCUCGUCCUUUUCUUCCUUCCCUUCGAUAUCGCUGGUAGCGCUCCCAGCAGCUGGGAAACUCCGUACAUCAUUGCCAUGCUGGUCGUUGGUUUCGUCUUGCUCUUCGUCUUCAUCAUUUGGGAGACCUGGAUCGCCCCCAAGCCUUUGCUCCAGUACAAAUUCCUUUUCAACCGUACUGUCAUCGGUGCUUGCUUGCUCGACGCAACUUAUCAGAUUUGCUACUACUGCUGGGACAACUACUUCACCUCGUUCUUGCAGGUGGUCAACGAUCUUUCCGUCGCUGAUGCGGGAUAUGUUGGUAACACCUUUGACGUUGUGUCUGGUGUCCUGCUGUUGAUUGUUGGUGUCGCCAUCCGGAAGACUGGCCGUUUCAAGUGGCUCCUGUGGAUUGCAGUUCCUCUCUACACCUUUGCUCAAGGCUUGAUGAUCUACUUCCGUCGCCCCAACCAGUCUGUCGGCUACCUUGUCAUGUGCCAAGUCUUCAUCUCUAUCGGUGGUAGUGUGUUUAUCAUCGUUGAACAGAUUUCUAUCUUGGCCGCGGUUGACCAUCAACACGUUGCUUCGGUGCUUGCCCUGCUUAACGUCGUUGGUACCGUUGGCGAUGGUAUAGGUGCGACCAUCUCCAGUGCGAUCUGGCAAAACACUUACCCGAACGCGCUGAGGAUGUACCUCCCCGAAUCAGCUAUGGAUAACUUUGAGAAUAUUUACGAGGAUAUUGACACCCAGUUGAGCUAUGCUGUUGGAACCCCGACCAGACUUGCAAUUCAGCGUGCGUAUGGUUAUGCUCAGACCAGAAUGCUUGCUGUUGGUACUGGUAUCAUGGUUCUGGCCUUUGUUUGGACAAUGAUGAUCAGAAACAUUGACCUGAAGAAGGUGCCCCAGGUUAAGGGUAUGGUGUUCUAA